GCAACUUCCUCUCUUUUGCCUCUUCACCAGAACUUAUGUCCACAUUGACUUAUUCCUCAUCUAUAUAUACAUAGACAUGAAUCAAACUCAUAUCUCACACAUCUCCUCCAAUAACAUUCUUUGUGAUUCUUUCAUUUGCCUAGUUUAGUCUUUCUUUCAAGAUAUAGCAUUAACAUCAAGUUAUGACUGAGAACCAGUUUUAUAGCUUUAUAACCAUGGAGAAGAAGAGUUCUUUAUCUAAAUGCGAACAGUCAUCUUCUUUUUCUUUCCCUUUGUUUGCUCUGAUCAACUUCUUCCUCAUCGGGUUUUUCAGAUGGGUUUCUUUUGCUCAGACUUUUUUCUCCAGGUUCUGGCCUCUUCUUCAACACCAGCAGCAAUGUGUUUCCGAGAAGAAGAGCAAAGAUCUCGAGUUCCAAACUUCGAUCAAACGCGAAGAUUAUCAUGACGAUGAUGGCGGUCUUUUCAGAGAAGAUGUAGUGAUGGUGAUGAAGAGCUUAGGACUUCUCACCGACUCAGGAAGCGAGGGGCUUCAAAAACGAUACAGUUCCGAGGAGCUUUCCAAUCUGUUUGAAGAGAAAGAGCCAAGCUUGGAUGAAGUGAAGCAAGCUUUUGAUGUCUUUGAUGAAAACAGAGAUGGGUUUCUCGAUCCAAUCGAUUUGCAAAGAGUUUCGACAGUCCUUGGCUUAAAGCAAGGAACUAACCUUGAGAAUUGCAGGAGAAUAAUCAGAUCAUUCGAUGGAAGUAAAGACGGAAGAAUCGAUUUCUAUGGAUUUGUGAAGUUCAUGGAGAACAACCUCUGCUGAAGUCGUAUUUCCUGAAGUAACAGUCUAUCAAUUUAUGCACUUCUUUUCUUCUCGCUGUGAGAUUGUGUCUGUUUAUAUUGUUGUCACAGUACCUUGUAUAAAUAUCUAAACUUUUCGUAUCAAAAGCUCCAAUAGAGCGUAAAAAUCAAUGAGAUUGGAAAUAAUUCUC